GAUCGCCCCACCGCAGCAAGGGCAAGGAGGCAGAGCCCAGCCAGGGCGCAGACCCACUGCGCACGCGCAGACACCCCAGACCCGGAAGCAGCUCGGUGCCGGGCAUGGCGGCAGCAGCUGAGGCAGUCCCAGCAACGAGACAGGAGGAGCGGGCCAGAGGUACCGGGCGUAGAUGGAGAUGACGUGUCCGGUGGGAGAGCUGGGACUCCGGGCAGGAACCCAGGACGGCGGGGCCGAGUGUGUGAUUGGCAGGAGCGGGCAGAGAGGAGAGACGAUGCCGCCGUUGAAACAGCCGAGGAAGCAAAGGAGCCCGCCGAGGCUGACAUCACUGAGCUCUGCCGGGACAUGUUCUCCAAAAUGGCUACGUACCUGACUGGGGAACUGACAGCCACCAGUGAAGACUAUAAGCUCCUGGAAAAUAUGAAUAAAUUAACCAGCUUGAAGUAUCUUGAAAUGAAAGAUAUUGCUGUAAACAUUAGUAGAAACUUAAAGGACUUAAACCAGAAGUAUGCUGGACUACAGCCUUACCUGGAUCAGAUUAAUAUAAUUGAGGAGCAGGUAGCAGCUCUUGAACAGGCAGCCUACAAGCUGGAUGCAUAUUCCAAAAAACUGGAAGCCAAGUAUAAGAAGCUGGAGAAGCGAUAAAAAGCUUAUUCCUAUAGCUAAAAGGCCUUUUUAAAUGUGGAAGAAUGUUUUAUAGCAGCUGAAUCCUGAGGCUGAUGAAUUGUCAAAAUUCCUCAAAAGGAACCUUGCUGGUCAUCCCAGGAACAUCCCAACGUUGGAUAAACUCGAGGACUGUGGAUACUCUUGAACCUCCUUUGAGGCAGUAUCUGUCAGAAAUUCACACUUACAGCUCUUUACCUGUUACUUGAAUGCUUCAUCAUCCACCCAAGACAAAUACUUUCUCAAAGUUCAGGAUAAACCUGGGCUUACCAGUAGUAUCAAAUGAGAGGACCUGUUUUCUCUGGCAGUGGUUGAUUACUAUAUUAUUUUCUUAAAUGGCUGGCUUUUGAGUUACUGUGUAAAUGGUUGUUUUUCUAUUAACAAUGCUAAUGUUAUUAAGAUACUAAAUUAAAAAAGGAAAGCAAAACGAA